UAUAUUAGAAAGUAUUUUUCUUAACUGAAACAAAGAAAAACAAAUAUCAAAUUGAUAAUAAUAUAUUGUGAUAUUUUCAGUCGAGGGUAAUGCGAGUCACCACUGACGAGCGUUAUUUAUUAAUUAAGAAUAUCUUUUUUUGUUGAUGGGUUAUCAUUAAUAAUAUUAUUUAUAAAUGAAUCAUAUAAGAAAUUUUAAGAUUUAUGUUAAACAUAGUGUCAAAGAAAUAUUUCUAUAUAGUUUCUCCAAUCUUCUUCAAAUAUAUAUUUCUGAUUAAGAUUAUUUUUAAUAAAAAAAGAAAACGUGAUCAAAGAGAACAUUUAAUCAUAUCAAUCAUUUCAUAUUAAAUAUGUUCAAUUUUCAUGACUUUGCUGUAAAUCAUAUAUUUGCAUUUAAAUUAGAUUUCUUAAUCCAAUAAACACAUAAAUAUCAAAGAAAUCAUAAAUGAGUUUCAUUAAUUUCAAACGACGUAUAAAUAUCAUUGUCUAACAAAUCCUAGUAAUUGAAGUAUACGUUGAUGAACAACCAUUCUGAUAUGAUUUUUGUAUCAAUCCUGAUGAUUAUUAGUAAUGGAAUAUCAGGUAAUCAUUUCUUAUUUGAAAUUAUUUAUAAAUCAAUUCAAACUCAUGAUUAAACUAAAGCGAGAAGAGAAAAUCAAAUAAUUUUACAUUUCUUUAAUAUUAUUCACAAACUUUUAUUUUUUUCCUUUUGAUUGUAGUUCUUUCAUUUAAUCAACCAAAACUUUGUCCAACAGCAAAAUGGAAUACUGCUGAAUCUCAAUUUGCUAUUCGAAAAACAGAUAAUUUCAGAUCGCCCAUUCUGUUUAUUGAUAAAAAGAGUACAAUUUACGCUCAUACUGGGGAGGAUGGUGAAAUUCUAGUUUGGUCCAAGGAUUCUGCACGUCCAACAUCGGUGAUUAGUUAUCAAUCGGAGUUCACACCAACUUCUCUAUAUGUGAGUGACAACGGUAAUAUUUAUCUUAGUACUGUGCAUCAAGGAAUUCUUAAAUGGAUAGCAAGUAACAAUAGCUUUGUCCGUUUUAUGGAUACUGCAGAUAUAUGUUAUCAAUUUUUUAUCGAUCUCAGUAACAAUUUUUAUUGUUCAGUGUGGUAUAAGAAUAGAGUUGAAAAAAUAUCACAAAAUGAGAACGGCACAGUAAAGACGACAAUCGUCGCUGGUACAGGAAGUAGCGGUUCGGGCGAGAAUCAGCUCCAUAGUCCUAAGGGAAUCUUUGUGGAUACAAACUUUGAUUUAUAUGUAGCAGAUUCUGGCAACCAUCGAAUUCAAUUGUUUCAAUUCGGUGAAGGAAAGGGAAAGACAGUAGCAGGAGAAUUCUCAUUUGAAAUCACAAUUUUACUGCAUUCCCCCUAUUCAGUUGCACUCGAUUCUGAAAGAUAUCUUUUUAUUGUGGAUUCGGGAUUUGAUCGUAUAAUCGGAUCAGGACCAAAUGGUUUUCGAUGUUUACUUGGAUGCAAUCAGAAAAAAGUACAAUUCAGUCAAUUGGAACAACCAAGUUUGUUUCAUUUUGAUGUAAAUGGAAACUUAUUUGUUUACGAUCGAGACGAUACACGAAUACAAAAAUUUUAUUUGGAAAAAGAUUCUUGUGGAAAUGUUCCAUCUAUAAUUCAAGCAAACUAUUCAUCUACCUUAACACACAGUCAUGAAAUGUUUUCACGUAGAUUAAAUGAUUUUAAUCCAGCUUAUUACUAUGAAACCAUACAAGUAACUAUCAGUAAGAACGACUUUUAUAUUCUAACUGGCAACAGUAGUAUCGAGCUCUAUGGCUUUGUAUACAAAGAUCAUUUUCCUCGAUUUGAUCUUCCAAAAAAUUUAAUUGCAUCGUACGGUAAACCUGACAAUAAAGAUCAAUUUAAAUUUACACUUGAACUUCAAAUGAACACUAAAUAUAUAUUAGUAGUAACAACAUAUUAUCCAAAUGUGACAGGUCCAUUCUCAGUCACUAUAUUUGGUUCAAAUAGAGUUGAUCUUCAACGCAUUGAAGAUGAUAAACCUUGUCAUAUUAAUCGUGAUAUAAUUACCGUUCAACUUAUGACUAAUACUCGGUAUAUAUUGGUUGUAACAACAUGUACUACCAGUGACCCAGUAGAUUUUUACGUAGAUGUAUUUGGUAGAGGUGAUGUUAGUUUUAAACGUGUUGAUUCUUCACCUGUUUUUUAUGUUAAAUACCCGUCAAACUUAACAAACAAUAGUCAAAGGUAUCCUAAAGAUUGCAACUACUUGGAUUAUUAUUAUUAUGAAACUAUUCGAAUAACGGCAUCUAGAGACGGAUAUUAUGCUUUUUCAACUGAUGAACAUGAAACAACGGACGCAUUUAUGUAUGAGAAUCAAUUCGAUCCGUUGAAUUCACGUGAAAAACAAUUGACUUCAAUCAGGCAUCAUGAAUGUUGGGAUGCAUCUCGCCUUGAUUUCACAGCUAAGAUUCAAGCUAAUACAAUGUAUAUAUUAGUUAUAACAACUCAUAAACCACUGACGCCAACUAACUUUUCAAUCUUAAUAUAUGGUUCAGAGAAUUUUACUUUUGAACGCUUUAUUGAUAAUUCAACGUAUUGUUAUAUUGGUGGUCCAUGUAAUACUGAAGUUAAGAGUAUUGGCUUAACUCUUGAUGAUAUUUUACGUCCUACAGUGAACAAAAAUAUGACAAUAAAUGAUCAAUCAUUCGGUAUUAAGAUGAGUGCUGCUAUAACAAUCAUUAUGUUUGUUACGGGUAUUAUCAAUUGUAUUUGUUCAAUUAUAACUUUUCAAAAUGAAACUUUACGAAAAGUCGGAUGUGGAUUAUAUCUUUUGGCAUCAUCCAUCAUUUCCUUUUUGACAAUUACAAUGUUUACAAUUAAAUUUUGGUUUGUUCUUCUUACACAAAUGAAUAUAUACACUCAUUUAUCAAUUCACCGAGGUGGUUGUAAAUCAAUUGAAACUCUUCUAAAACUUUUCUUCUAUUGGGAUGCUUGGCUAAAUGCAUGUGUUGCAAUUGAACGUGGAUUUAAUGUUUAUAAAGGAGUCAAUUUUAAUAAAGAGAAAAGUAAACGUUAUGCACGAUGGAUAUUAUUGUUCUUGCCUUUUGUCAUCAUGGUCUCAAUCAUUCAUGAACCUAUAUAUCGUCAAGUCGUUGAUUAUAAAAGAAAGGAGAAAAAAAGAUACCACGAAUUGUAUGACAACUCAGAAGAGUUCUUAAUAAGCAGAGAUAUAUGGUGUCAAACUUCAUAUUCUCAAUCAGUUCGAGAUUAUAACACAUUCAUUCUACUUGUUCACCUUCUUGGUCCAUUCAUUGCUAAUCUUGUUUCUGCUUUAUUUAUUAUUAUUGGAAGUGCUCGACGACGAACAGAUGCUCGAGAACAACAAACAUUUCAAGAACAUAUUCGUGAACAAUGGAAAGAACAUAAACAUCUUGUUAUUAGUCCAACUAUUUUAUUUGUUCUAACAACACCACGUUUGGUUAUUUCGUUAUUACCAACAUGUUUUGAAAUAUUUGACUAUAAAUGGUUAUAUCUUUCUGCUUAUUUUAUUUCAUUUUUACCGUCAAUACUUAUCUUUAUUAUAUUUGUUAUUCCAUCAACUUUGUAUCGAAAUACUUUCAAAGAAUCAAUCGUACGAAUCUGUGGAAAACAACGAUUAUCUAUCGCAUGGGUAAGUCCUGAUGAAUAUUUUCAUCGAGAUAAUCCACCAACAGCUGAUGCUAACGAUGAGUCCAAUUAA